UUGUUACAUACCCUGUUCUUUACUACCAUACGUCAGUUCAAGCAUAUGUGUGUCGUAACGAUCAUUUUUUUCUUCAUUUACCGGCGUACUUUUUUUAGUAUUUAUUUCAAUCCUUGAAAUUCGAGUUAUUUUUUAAAAUGAUACGUUUGUUUUCCACGAGGUUUUUACUGUAUUUUCUUUUUGUCAUAUUUUUUACAGGUUUUAAUUAUAAUUGUAUUCAAUGUUUUCAUCUCAGAGCAUCACCCAAUGUACCAGAAGACCAUUAUCGUGCCAGAGUCGUAAUACCAGCACCUGGUAGUACAGAAAAUGAUCAAGAAUCAGACAUCAUCUGGCUAAACCCCGGUAAGAGGGGACUUCCUAACUUCACUCCUUAUAUCAGUGUAGGAGUACUUAGCAAUUUAGAGGAAUUCUUCGACAACCUAAGUUCAAAUAUGGACUCAAUCGACGAAGAAAAAGCAGUCGUCAACGAAAUCGAAGCCGAUCAGCCACUAAAAAUCAAGAGUCCGUUGGCGGAAAAUUAUUUCAGAGGUUAUAAACCUUCGUAUAAAAUUCGCAAUUACGUGCAAUCUCCGGAUUUAGGACUGUUAAAAGGUACCAAUCAUCAUGAUCCGUCGUUAAAAUGGAGUGGACUGGGGAAACGAGCGCGAUUCUAAUGUAAAUUUAAUUUAUAAUUGCUUUUUUUUCGGUUAUUUCCAUAUAAAUAGGUAUUACCUAAGUUAUCUCUUCAUAGGUAUUAUACCUACUUACGCUGUAAAUGUUUCAUGUACUUAAUCAUGUGUGAAGAUUUUUCACCUAUACGAGAGUAAGUAAGUGUGUAUGGGUAGAUCGAGAAUCUACCUUCUUAAUUGUUUUAUUUUAAACGCAUAAGUAUGUUUUAUUUCCCAAUUAAUAAUUAUUAAAGCUGGAUUUGUUCUUAAGCAUAAAAAUUAAAAAUAUUAUUUACUGAUCCAUGUUUUCAAAAUAAUUUCAAAUCCUGAAUGUAUUAAAUGGUGAUUGAGUUUCUUGUGAUAUAGUAGGUUAUCUAUUCUACUUGUAAAUUAUAUUACAACCUACUACAGGAUGCUAUUUGCAACGCAUUCAUGAUAAUGGUAUGGUAUAUGAUACGUACAGUUGUAGGUUUAGUUUUUCUUUCAAAUUAUUAAAUACAUAUGAAGUU